CAUCUUUCCAGAAAAAUUUAGAUGAAUGAAAAAAAGAGGAGAGUUGACUGCUGUGAACUCAAAAGGAGGCCCAAGAAAAUCUACCUGCAUUUCCAGGAGAAGCUUCUGUUGACAGCAUAAAGUGAACAUUAACUGGACUUAGCCAUAAGGACGCUCACCUGUCUGUACUGGGAGAGAGGUGAGCUCUUAGGCUGCUGUCCAAGUGCACACUCUCAAGUCCAGCCAGACAAAAGCCCUCCUCUUCCUGGAUCAAUUAUUCUAAUGCAUAAAGUUUCCUGUGUGUCAGUUUAGGACGUGGUGGGUUCAGCUCCAGACUACGGCAGAGUGUGCUGUGAAGGACAGAUAAAGACUGAAGGUCGUAGCGGCAGUUGGAAACAUUUGUUUGGUGGUGGAAAGAAUGAAGUCUCUGCAGAAGAAUCAAGGACGCACUGACCAGAUGUUGGGAGCCAUGGCUGAUGUACUUACCUCUGUGGCCAUACCCAAUCAGGAAUGGCUCUCAGACGGUGGUGAGGCGGACCUCCCAUCAAGCGAAGAAGAAAAGGGGCCUGUACAGAGCCAAUGGGAGCAAGAGGGACAGGAGUGGGAGCGACAGGCGACAGCUACAGAAAACCCAGACCAGAGUGACAGAACAGACUCGUACUCAGCAGCCGGCAGCGAAGGCAGUAUCUCCACCUCUGUGGCGUCACUGCCCCCUCAGCCAUCAGGCAGCUCUGCCCCUAGCUCUCCCGGCUCUAAGCGCUCUGUGAGCACCCUCAAGAAGUGGCUCACAAACCCUGUCCGCAAACUCAGUGCCGGAUCAGCUUCAAAAGGAGAGCGCCAGGUCCAAAAGCUUGAGGGAAAGCCUCCACCUCCUCCAUCCCACAGCCAAAUCCUAGGCCUUGGCAGCCCUCCGAGGCCUGACGAAACUUUCACCAUUUUACCUGUCACCCACAGAGAACUGGAGUGGAAAGAUGGCCUUGCAAGCCCUGAGGACCUGUCACCAGCCUCACUACAGCCACCCAGCUUCAUAACUGCCUCGCUGAUAGGCUGCACAUCGCUGCCAGAUACCCAGGACACUCAGUCCACCAGUGUUCUGCCAGAUGACAGUGGUUCUGUCUUGAUGGACGACACUUCCAGCCAAUGGUCAGCUGCAGCUGACACUGAGGAGGAGAGGAAAAGUGCCUUAGAGAAAAGCAUGUAUGUGCUGAAGGAGCUUAUCGAGACAGAAAAGUUCUAUGUGACAGACCUGGGGCUCAUAGUGGAGGGCUACAUGGCAACAAUGAGCACCAAAGGUGUGCCAGAGGACAUGAAGGGAAAAGAUAAGAUUGUUUUUGGGAACAUUCAUCAAAUAUUUGACUGGCAUAAAGACUACUUCCUGGGAGAGCUGGAGAAGUGUUUGGCAGAGCCUGAAAGGCUGGCUCAGCUCUUUAUUAAACAUGAAAGGCGUCUGCACAUGUAUGUCAUUUACUGUCAGAAUAAACCCAAAUCGGAGCACAUCGUCUCAGAGUAUAUUGAGACUUAUUUCGAGGAGCUUCGACAGCAGCUGGGCCACAGGCUGCAGCUCAAUGACCUGCUCAUCAAACCUGUCCAAAGGAUCAUGAAGUACCAGCUUCUGCUCAAGGACUUCCUAAAGUAUUACACCAAAGCUGGGAUGGACACAGAGGAGUUGGAGAAAGCAGUGGAAGUGAUGUGCUUUGUGCCAAAGCGUUGCAAUGACAUGAUGAAUGUGGGCAGAUUACAAGGCUUUGAGGGGAAGAUUACAGCCCAGGGCAAACUGCUCCAGCAAGACACUUUCACUGUUACCGAGCAGGACAGCAGCUUCCUGUCUCGAGCCAAAGAGAGGCGAGUCUUCCUGUUUGAGCAGCUGGUCAUCUUUAGUGAGCCCAUCGACAGGAAGAAAGGCUUCUCCCUCCCUGGGUAUACCUUUAAGAACAGCAUCAAGGUGAGCUGCCUGGGGGUGGAGCCCAGUGUGGAUGGUGAUGAUGCACGUUUUGUUCUGACCUCACGCAAUCCUGAUGGGAGCGUGGUGCGCUUCCAGCUGCAGGCCGCCUCCCCUGAGAUCUGCCGGGCCUGGGUCAAUGAUGUUGUUCAGAUCUUGGAAAGCCAGCGCAACUUCCUCAAUGCCUUACAGUCACCUAUUGAGUAUCAGCGACGAGAGAGCAAAUCCAAUAGCCUUGGCCGCAGCAUGAGGCCCCCUAUGUCUGCUACUAGCGCCCUGCGACCCCACUCAUCUGCCUCUAUUGACCGUCAUAAGCUCCCCUCCCUCCACUCUCACAACACUUCUCUGCCUGCGCUCUACCUGCCAAGUCAAGGCCAGAGCCAAGGACCCAGCGAGACCUGUUCUUUGGGGGAUGCCACUGUGGUCCAGCCGUUCCCUGCUGACUCCCACACUGUCUCCCCAUCGCACGUCCGGCUGGGCUUCACUGAUCAGUCAAACUGUCAAACUGUGUCAAAUGGGCUGUACACCCCAACCCCUCAAGGUGCACAGCAGAGAGCAGGAGAGGGCUGUCGCAGGGGCCAGGCUGUAGACGCUGGGAACCAGGCACUUCUGUCGGGCCCCUCAGCCGGGCGACGUCCCAGCAACCUUGCCCAGCUAGCUGAAGAUGACCUCUGAACUCUGUGUUUCUCCUGGGUCAGGAGGAAAGCAGCUAAUGCUACACCUGUGAAGAGAACACUUGACUACUGGUUGUUUAUGCCAGAAUGGAUCCUUACUGGGUUCCUUUAUGAAAUCCAGAGGAUUAUGAAGGAACCUGAUGUAUGAACAAAUUGUGGGCAGCAAAUAUAAAAACUGCUUGGCUCCUUUUUAAAGAGCCUCUCAAAGGGAGGUGAUAUGGCCUCAGUCACCAACAGUGUAUAUGAACAGCACCCAGCGGGAUGCUUCUGGGCUCAGAUUUAUAGGAUACUCCUUGUUAUGACAGUUUCUGCUUUUUAUCUUUUUUGGAGAGUUUGUAUCCUGUACUAUUCUCUCUUUGAAAGAGUAAGGAGAAUUUGUUAGAUGAUUCCAUUCCUAAUUGGGGCAGUCACUGGAGUUACGUGUUUGCCUGAAUGAAUGUUUAUGAAAUUAAUGCGUGGAUGUGUUGUGUGUAUGAGAGUGUGCAAGUUAGUAGCACUAACUCUGCUUGUAGCCUGUCAAAUUUCUUUCUUUUUUUCUGAAGCCCCAUUAUGGAGACAAAUACAGCUACAUGUGUGUAUUUUUUUAAUUUCCCUGCUGAAAACAGAGUUUGCUGUUUAUAUAUACAAGAACGGGAAAGGCAGAACACUUGAUGUGAGCAUGCCACAAGAACUUUCCUCACUGUAAUUUCAUUUGAAAGAAAAGAACUUUCUUUGUUGCCACAGUGCUGAGAGCCCCUGUGUGCUCUGAUAUUCUGUUUGACUGGACUCCCUUUGAUCCGGACAAGAAGGCAUGAGGGAGCCCCCCGGAGGUUUUCUGUGGGUAUGACGUCACGUCAGAUUUCUUUCUACUCUUUGGGCAACUCCUGAGGAGUUGCAAAUGCAUUCAAAGGGCCUGCUGUGCUGACCCAAAGUGCUGCAUGAAACAUCUCCUUGAUUACUUAGUUGAACAAUACUACUUUACCCAGAUCUUUCUUUACAAGCUAAAGUGGGUUGUUUGGGAUCUCGGGGACAGGAAACAUUUAAAAUGCAUUGAUUUAAACUAAUAUGAAUAGUUUUAUUAAUCCACUGUUGUCACGUCAAGGCUGUGCACCAUUUCUAUAAUCUCUGUUAACUUUUGCCCUCAUGGACUAAAUACUGUACAGUAAAUACCAUAGAGCAAUCAUACACUGCUACUUGUAAGAUGAAGAAUGACCCAGGUAUUAUAAAAAAAAUGUUACCAUUUCAGAUCUGCAUGUCCCCUACUUCUCAAAAGUGCCAAAAACAGCUGCAGCUCAUCACUUAAAUGUUUCACGCUCUUACACGCUACACUGUAGUUGGCCACUAAGCUUACAAAACAAAAAGAUAAGAAAAGAACAGCAGAUUAAAAAGGGAGGUCUGCUCUUUUUUUGUGGCCAUUAGAGGCCCCGUGUGUCGGAUCAUACAGCUUCACCAAAGAUCAAUGGGCUUCAAAUUUUAGAGUGCACACUGAAGCCGCUUGACAGCCUGUCCCUCCCCCCC